AUGGCACAAAGCCGGCCAGGCGGCUACAAGGGCACGUCGCAUGAAGCCACCGCCUUUGAUGGCCACGCCGCCAUUGUCACGGCGCCCUUCCUCGACGACAACUACGCCUACCUGCUCAUCGACAAGGCGUCGGGCGACUGCGCGCUCGUCGAUCCCGCCGACCCGUACGCGCUGCUCGACGUCUGGCGCGAAGUCGUCCUGCGGUAUCGCAAUGACCACCAUAUCACCCUGCGCCUCAAGUACAUUUUGACGACGCACAAGCACUUUGACCACGCGGGCGGCAACAAGAUCCUCGCGGCCGAGUUUCCCGACGUCGUCGUUGUCGGUGGCAUCCUCCACAACGUCCUCAGCCCCACCAAGCUCACGUGGCAUAAGGAUGCGCUCAUGCUUGGCAGCCUCCGCAUCGAGACGCUGGCGAUGCCACCCUGCGCGUGGGCGCAAAUGCGCUGGUCUUCGAUCACAUCACCAAACCCUCUUCUCUAA